AAAAAACCUUUAUCAAAUAACAUGAAUUUAAUCCCCAAUUUAGUUAGGCAAAUUAGAAUUCCAAUUGGAAAACAACAAUAUAUACAUUCAAAUGUCAAAAAUACUCAACUUAGAAAGAGAGCAAGUGUUGCAGUUAUUUUAAGAUUAGAACCCAAGUAUAACGAUAAUAGUAUUAGGUUUAAUUGUAAAUGUGGAGCAAAGGGAAAUGGUCAUAAAGAAAGUUGUUUAAAUACAUUCAUUGAGGAUAUAAGCGGGAAAAAUAAAUAUUUGCCAUUGGAAAUAUUAUAUUUAAAGAGGGCUGAUAAUGGUGAAGUAUGUUUUCCAGGUGGUAAAAUAGAAAUAGGUGAAACAGAUCAAGAAGCAGCCGAACGUGAAACUUUAGAGGAAGUAGCAAUCGAUUUAAAUUCACCAGAUUUUGCAUUAUUAGGUAGAAUGGAUGAUAAAUUUACAUUUGAUAAAAUUGGUGUACACUCAUUUGUUUAUUUACAACUAUCUAAAAACUCACCAAGAAUAAAACUAUCUGUUGACGAAUUGGUCGAUUAUGGAUGGGUUAAUAUGGAAUAUAUACUUUAUUCAAAUCCAAAAAUACCAUUAACAAAUCAUCAAUUAGAAUAUUUAAAUCCCUCAUCACCUUUAUUAAAUGAAACUAAAACCAACGAAAACUCUGUUCAGUAUACAUCUGUAUCAAACAUAUCAACAUCUAGACGUUUAAAAAAAAAUAUGUUUUUAAGAUUUGUUUGUAAUAAUAUCUAUGUGCCAUAUUUAAUUCUACCAAUAGUAUCAAGAUACCAAUUUAAAUUGUGGGGUUUAACAUUAGAUAUCACAUCAGAUUUAUUAAAGAAAAUGAUUGGUUAUAGUCCAUUUCCACAACAAAGAAACAUUAACAACUCAAUAAUAUUCUUUUUUUACAAGUACCCAAAAACAUUUACAAUAUCCACUAUUGUAGGUUUAUUGAUAUUAUUUAAAUUAUUAGUUUAAUAAAAUUCUUUGU